GACGUGUUGUUUGUCUACGUCGCCUUGUCAGUGGUGAAUUUAACUAAACUAAACAAAUCAGUUUUCUUAACUUAUAAAAUGGAUAUUUUUACGUCUAUCCCAACCCAUAUAGAUUACGUUGGACAAGCGAAAGCAGAAAAGCUUUACAGAGCUAUAAUAACAUUAUUCAGCAUCGUCGGUUUUAUUUGGGGUUAUAUUGUACAACAAUUUUCUCAAUCUGUCUACAUUUUGGGUGCAGGAUUUAUACUAGCUGCAAUUUUAACUUUACCACCGUGGCCGAUGUAUCGCAGAAACCCUCUGAAUUGGCAAAAUCCUAGAAAUACUGAUGAAAAAUCAUCUGGCAAGAAAGGAAAAAAGUAACAUGAAGCUUUUAAAUGACGUGUCGCUAUUAUUGAUCUUAUUUGUAAUAAAUAAAUAGCUUUUAAGGUAAAAA